UAAAUUUCAGUGCAAUAUCGCAACCUUUCAGGCUUUACAUAAUUCAUACUAAAUUUAUCAACGAUUGAUCAUUACGAUGAAACGUACAUAUCAUAUGGAAAUAAUAUAAAAUAUGAAGAAAAAAAAAAGCUUGUCAUAAAAUCCGCAAGAGGGUAGAUUUGUCUGCUAUUGGCUAGUCGGGCAAUGGGCCGAACCCGGCCGAGCACAACCGAGGUCCAAGCGAGCUGCGUGCGCUAGUUAAAGUGAGAGGUGGUGAUUGUCGCGUGCGCGUAGUGGAGUGAGAAAACGAAUGCACGUAUGCAGCAGCAGCAGCGCAUACACGGGGAUAUAUCGUUAGUGAGUUGCCGUACACAGACAAGCCACACUAACAAGCAGCAGUACAGCAGCGGCAAGCAAGAUAGGCCAGAGCACAAAGUACGGGGGCCCCAGAAUGCAUUGAGCCACCACGGCAUGUGCCUUUCGUGUGCGUCGGCCAUUUUGUAGUUUCCUCGAGGAAAUCGAGCCUCGUUCCUGGCCUCGCGUCUCGCUCUCGUGCGACGAGAGAGAACAGACACGAGAGAGUGGUGUGUGGAGUGGUGUCCGUCUCCGGUUCGGCACGUCGCGGCCUCCGAACAGAUAUAUCUCUCUGUUUCUGCCAGGCUAAUCGGAAAGACGCACACGCACACAGACAAACGUGCACACACGGCGACAUAAGAGAGAAAGAGAGAGAGAGAGUCAGAGUGGAAGACAGUGAGAAUACAGGCAGAGAGACAGACUAUAACUAGCAAGCAAGAGCAAUCAAGCAAACUUUAAUCUGUCUGUCUACAAAGGCAACGUGUACAUGAAUGGGGACAUUGGCAAGCUCCCACCAGGGGCGGGUUACCCAUCCACCCCUGAAAGCUUGGCUGUCGUGGCUAGCACUGGCCCUGGUAUAGACUACACAGUCAUGAACGGUGGGCCAGCACCAGCUGAACUUAUGCUUGAUACGGGCGUGGGUAGCUUGGAGCCUAUACCCCAACUGGCCAUGGGGAUGGGUGGUGCUGUUGGCUAUGUGGAUAUGACACCACUGGCAGAUGUUUCUACACCACCUACUCAGAUGCCUGACAUCACACCCAACAUACCCAUCGAUCAACUUAAACAGAUGCUCUCUUCCCAACUAGAAUACUAUUUUUCCAGGGAGAAUUUAGCAAAUGAUACAUAUUUAUUAUCACAAAUGGAUAAUGAUCAAUAUGUACCAAUUUGGACUGUGGCAAAUUUCAACCAAGUCAAAAAAUUGACUAAAGACAUUAAGCUGAUAACAGAGGUGCUCAGAGAGUCACCCAAUGUACAAGUUGAUGAAGAAGGCCAAAAAGUGAGACCAAACCACAAACGCUGUAUAGUUAUACUUCGUGAAAUACCUGACUCUACUCCGUUAGAAGAUGUAAAGAAUUUAUUUUCUGGAGAAGGCUGCCCCAGGUUUAUUUCUUGCGAAUUUGCUCACAACAGUUCGUGGUAUGUUACUUUUGAGUCUGACGAGGAUGCUCAAAAAGCCUACAGGUUUCUCAGAGAAGAAGUUUGCGAAUUUCAGGGAAAACCAAUAAUGGCGCGUAUCAAAGCUAAACCAAUGAACAGGCUACCAAUGCCAGCAGUAACCAGUGUAGGUGGGAUGAAAAACGGUUAUAGAACACCACCCCCGCCACCAGUGUACGGUGAUCCCAGUAGUUUUCAACCGGGUCAGCAACGAUUUCUAUAUACGAAUGGCACAACGAUGCCGCAGACUACAAUGCCGCCAUAUCCCAAUCAAGUAGUUUACCACCAACCGUUCUAUCCUGCGGGGAUGAUGCCUUGGGGUCCAGCCAGUCCGGCUUACUUCGAUAUGAGUGUCUUCACCAUGAAUGGGAUUGCUUCUCAUGGCUCAUUUAAGCCCCAUAACAGAGGAUACAAUCAAAGAAACAGCACAUAUUCGAGGAACAAGCAGAGAAAUGGUUCGGAUAGAGGAGGAGGUGGUGGUGGAGGUGGUGGCGGUGGUGGCGGUGGCCUGAUGGACAGCGGAGGUAAUAUGGUACCGAUGACACGAACCUCGCAUCCUCCAUUGAGUGGAGGGCCCGUACCCUUGGGAAUGGCUGCGCCAACCCUAUCCAAUAUCUUGCCCAGUGCAAAGCCAAUUACUUCUUCCUACUCAGCUGGCACAAAGUUCCAGUCCUCCCAUGCGCCCAGCAUUGGCGGAGAUCAUCAGUACACUAGCAGUCACGCUAACAAAGGAUCGCAGGACACGUUGAGAAAUAAAAAGAAUAUAUCUAGCAACGUAUCGACGUUCUCAUUGAAGGAGAACGAGUCACAGUCUCAGGAUCCAUCGAUCCAAUUUCCGCGUCAUCGUACACACCGCAGGACCAAAGAUUCGGAGACACUGUCCAAGACAAACAGUGGCGGCGGCGGUAAUGGUGGCGGUGGUGGUUUAAGUGCUGGCAAUACCAGUGGCAAUGGUGGUAACAAUACCUUGCCCUCGUCAGCCAACAAAGAGGCUUCCAACAGCUCGAGUGUCGGUGGCAGCGCUGGCGCGCAGCACAAUAGGGGCGUUCAGUUCGAUCUGGAGGCUUCGGCGUUCCCACCUUUGCCUGGUCUUGAUGCCUCAAAACCACCACAUAACUCGAAUGACAGCCCUAACACCGAACAGUCGCAGCAGAACAGGCUGUCUGACGUGGUGAAGGGUACCGCCAAGCUUAAGAGCACAAACAAGGAUAAAGAGCAUUCGUUGUCGUUACCGGCAUCAUCGACGCCAGCGUCGGCGCCACAAACAACGACAACGACGAGCUACCAUCAACCGCAGUAUCAUCAUCAUCAUCAAUCAGCCGCGCAAUCUCAUCAUCAUCACCAUCACCACCAUCACCAUCAUCAGCAGCAACAGCAACAGCAACAGCCACAGCAACAGCAACAGCCGCAGCAACAUCAGCAGCAACAUCAGCAGCAACAUCAGCAACAUCAGCAACAUCAUCAACAUCAUCAACAUCAUCAACAUUAUCACCAAGCGGUCGUGAGUAGCGGCAGUGGUGGUAGCAAUGUAACAAGGUCAUCGAGUCCUGGAAAUCAUCAGUAUCAUCAGCAACAUCAGCAGCAACAAAGAUCGUCGACAGAUGCGGUGAAUACUGCCGCGAAUUCUAAUACUCCUGCGCCUGCUACUAGUGCCGCGGCUGCCAGUGUUGCAGCUGCCAGUGGCGAUUCCGAUGUCGCCCUCAGCACCGUCACCCUCACCCCCCCAUCAUCUCCCGAUAAGUCUCCGAAAUGCACCGCCGGCGACAGAUCAAUUAAGACUGACGUGAACACGACUGCGCUAGCUGCAUCCCCAUCGGCCAAGCAAAUAAUCGUGGAUCAGACCUUGGAGGCCGAUAGCGACGAGCAGCAUUUGGAGCAAGCGACGGACAUCACGAGGCCGAGCUAUGCCCAAGUAGCUCAGCAGCAGCAGCAGCGCGAGCAACACUGCAUCAAACACAAAUCUGACGAGAGAGAAGGAGUCGCGUAAAGGGACUCAUAUGCUACUGCAUAUUCGAAGGCAGUUACCAAACGAAGACUACAAGAGUCCUACGAAGCCAGGGCAAAAGCGUUUUUACAUUGUACAGUGAGAAAAUAAGAAAAAAACAAACAUAUAAGAAAAAUAUUAAUUCGCCUGCAUAAUCGCGAUCGAUAAAUUUAUUAUAAAAAAUAAAACUGUAGAGAGAGAGACUUCUAAUUGGGGUGAGUGAAGAUAACAGAAAUUAACGCGAUUUGAUCCUUUGAUGAGAAAACAUUGUUAUCGUUUUGGGUUCUGUGAUCACACACCGACGAACGAUUAGAUUCGCUAUAUUUGUAGCUUGUAAAAUGUUUGUUCUCUCCAAAAGAAAGCACCAGCCGAGGAAAGUGUUUUUAUUCUUGUGCCAAAAAACAAAAAAAACAAUUAAAAACCCUGUGCGUCUUUCGAUAUAAGUGCAACGAAUGAUCAAGGCGCCAAUCCGAUUUUAUUUUAGGAUUUAAUUUCACCUGUGUAUUUUCCAGAAUAUUGAUAGUCACGCGAGCUUUCUCUUAGAAUUAUAAGAACGAAAAAUAUUUUCAUAUUUUUUGUUGAAUGUAUUAUUUAGCCUAUUAAGCUUAAGAGAAACAUUUUUUCUUUAAAAUGUUUUCAGUGUUGCACUUGCUUUUGAGACUGUUUAAAAAUUUUUGCAUACAAUAAUCAUUACGAAAAUAAGUAUAGUUUUACUAAUUACAUAUAAUUUUGGCGUAUAAAAUUUGAAAUGUAAAAAAAAAAAAAAAAAAAUUGUAAAAUUUACAAGCGAACGAGAUCACUGUCAUAUACUGUGCUCCAAUUCGUUUGGUUUCAUAAAAAUAUUGAUAAAAAUGCAAAACUAGUACGUAAAAAAGUAGCUGUAAAUUCAAAAGCAAAAAGAAAGCGUUAGAUAGUUUCGAAUUCGUUCAAUUCAUUUGUAAUAACGAAGUAUUAUCAAUAUUCUGGAAAAUAAAAUCACGCGGAAGUCGAUUUGUUCGAAAGUUUUUCUUUUAUUUCGAAACAAAACGACUAGUCAUUUUCAUUAUUAUUGAAUAAUUGCUCACACAGGAGUUUCUUGAGAAGAAAAAGUUAUGGCACGAAGUUUAUUUUACAAGAUAUCCUAUUAUUGUUACGAGAAAUAACAUUUAAUUUAGGAGUGUAUGCUUUGAUAGAGGAAUGAAAAUAUGUAGUAGUAAAAGAAACGAGUAAAAAAUAUUACUAAUGGAAAAAAGAGAAGAAAAAUGGUAUUAGAGCACGCGAUUAAGUGCCUCAAGCGUUGUGUAUAUUACAGGAGUUUGGCUUUAUAAGUUACAAGCAACUACAUGUAUCUAUAUACAUUACUAAUCAAGUAACGCAUAUGAUACAUUUGUUAAAAAUAUGCGUGGUAAAAUCGAGGUAAUGGAUGAUAAAGAUAAACAAAAAAAAAUUAAAAUGGUAAUCGAUGAUAAAAAACCAAUCUCCUGAUAUAUAAAAUAAACUAAAGAUUUAUUGACGUAUGUAAUUAUCUGUAAGGAAUAUCACAUAAUUAACGUCUUUAUUAUAAACAUUAAUUAUCUUAUUAACGUAUAAGUUAGCAACGCUGCCUCUUUAAUUUUUUUUUUACGAUUUCACUAAACUUGGUUCUCGUUGCAAUGUUGUUACAGAGGAAAGAAAAAAAAUUGUUAAAAAAAGCAAAAAAACAAAAAUAAUGAGUGUCGAUGGGAAAAUUCUUAGCGCAUGAAUUAUAUACUCAUACAAGCGCAUACAUUAUGUAAUUAUUUAGUUCGGUCGGCGUUGACGUUUUGAGAGUUGUUCAGCGAAAGACACAGUGAGGGAGGGAGGGAGGUAAGGAGGGAGAGAGGGUGGAUGGGAGAAAGGGAGAAGAGGAGGAUAGCGAGAGAGAUACAAAAGAAACGGAAGUAGAACGAGAUACUGAUCGAGAGACGAUUUUAAAAAAGAAAAAAAUGAAAUACCAUCCGCACGACUCGUUAAGCGCUCGCAAUUUUCACUUGUAAAUAAUUAUAUUCCUAUCGACGCAUAUAAAAAAAGAAGAAAAUAUUCACGAAAGUGAUUUCCGGAUACAUUGGUCUUCCUCGGAUGAAAGUUUGUCACGCAUGAGAAUGAGUCGUGCUGAGACGGUAUAUGCAAAAAUGCGUUGAUCGCUUUUUCUUUUAGCGAUAAAGAAGUCCAGCGAGUCAUCGGCUUUUGAAUGAGGGAUGAUAGUGCUCGCCAAUUCAUUCAUUACGUAAAUGCCGCUUUCGCGCACGUUUCUGCAGCAUCACAGGCGAUUGCUCUUUUACACGCUCGCGAAAGUGAAUUUUUUCUUGCGUUUUAAUUAAAGAUUUUUUCUCUAUUUUACCGUUUCCGACUGUAACCCUUUUUUGUUCUCUCGACAAUACUAAGCUUUUUUGUUUCCUUUGAAAUACAGACUUUAUUUUAAGAAUACGAGUUAGACUUAGUUUGUUUUUCUUCUUUUGCUAUCAUAACGAAAUUACAAGUGGCAUUGAUUGAUCAUUUUUAUUCUUGCCUUUAUUUAGCUUAAUUUUUACUUUUUUCGCAAAUGGUACACAAUUAUGCUGCACAAGAUGCGUUUUUGCGAAAGAAAAAAAGAAGCUUUUAAUUUCUACAUUUAGGCAGCCGCUGCAAUUAUAAAAAUGUAAAGUAUGUAAUAAACAAAACAAAAAAUAUAUAUAUACAAGCAGUGAUCACUGACGAUAUACCAAUGCCUUGGAUCCAAUUGCUUUAGCCGAAUCUUUAGCGGUGUAUCACUUACGAUGUUAUGUGUAUAAAGGAUAAUCUCUCGACGACUCAAUCCACUUUAUGAAAAAUUUGCGUCUCUUUUAACCGUCAAACUAAUGAAAGUUAAUCGCAAAGUAGUAAACGCAUUAUUAACCAUUUUAUCGUAUAAGAAGUGCGUGUGAUAGUCGCAUUAAAAUGGAAUACAAGAGUGGGUGUAGGAAACAUUAUUAAAUAUAAAUAUUAGUGAAAUGAUAAAAGAAUUAUGAGUUUAUAUAUAUGAGAGAUCAAAGGUAAAUUGCAGAAUAAUAGUAUAAUUAAGGGUUUUUACUAGAUCGAAUUACAGAGUUAAAUGCGAACAAAAAAUGUCCUUGUUUAUUUUGAAUUUACCAAAUCGACGAUUAUUUUAUCGCGAGUCGAUAAAUUAAUCGCUAAGUCAAAAUGUAGUUUAGUUACUGUUAUUUUAUUUAUGCAUUUCUCAUUUUGGUGAAUCUUUUUUUGUAAUGGAUUUAGAUGAGAACCCUUGAAAAAAAUGUGUAAUGUACAGCGAUGCAGCGAUUAAUAGAGGUGGAUUAUUUGAAAAGUGAUAAGGUCAUUAACAAACAAAAAAUAAUAGGCAAGGUUGAAAUAACGUUUAAUUUACUCACGAUCAAAUCAGCAUGUACUGUGAUUAGAUUGAAGUCUCCCUAACUUCUCCAUACAAAAAAAAAUAAAAUAAAUAUAUAUGAUAAUACGCAAAAUAUAAGGAAUAAUACACUUAAACUCGCAAAUACUAAACAAACAAAAAAAAUAAUGAAAUACGAAAUGCAAAAAAAUAAAGUAAAUAUUAGCGCAACGUAUAUAUUGUACUCCGUUUCUGAUAGACUAAGCGAUCCUAGAAAGUCUGAUUUUUUAACUUUUAAUGAGGAAUGUAAAUAUUAAGAUGGUCUACGACGUUUGUUUAUUAUUAAUAUAUGUAAAAGGUUUCAAAAUUAAAAACUAUGGUGUAAUUACUGUAAUUACUGUUACCGGGGUUCUAGCUUUUAUUGUAGUUUUGAACGCAGCGUUGGGUCCCAGUAAAUCGUCCAUUCGCUUCAAUCGCCUUAUUCUAUUAAAAACAACAUUAAUGAUUUUAUAAAAGUGCAAAUGUACGCAAAACCAAAGUGUGUUUUUGAAUAAUUUAAUAAAAAUAAUUAGACUCAUCAGAAAGUAGAACAGACUUUCAGCUAUAGACUUUGUAUGUGCAAUUACUGAUUUAUAGUACUUUUAUAAAAUAAUUACUGUUCACGAGGCACGUUUGAUGCUAACGUAAAUUGAAAUGAAAAUAAAAUAAAAAGUAUUCAAAAUUUCACUACUAGUACCCAGCUUUGCGAUAUCAGCCGUAGACGAAGGUUGUUUCUUAUAAUUUUGUAUGAUAUAUACAUAACAUAAACAUAUAUGGCGAUGAGAUAUAUAAAAAUAUAUAGGAAGCGCCCUGGUUGCCGACAAAAAAAAUAAUCUAUUUUUUUUUUAAUUAAACAAUCGUACAAAACUAAGAAUCGUUUUUAGAUAAUAUCGUAGAAUUUGGCCUAGUGAUGUUUGUAGACAAGAAUGAAAAAGAAUUAAAGACGUAUAAGAACGCCGAAGGGUUAUAGACAAUUACAAACUAAUCGAUUUCACUUGUUGCUGAAUCUUUUGUAUCGCAAUCGACGAAAACAAAAUGAACAAAGAAAGAAUGAUAGAAAGCUGAGAAAAACUGCCGAUAAUCUAAUUAACAAAAAAUACAAGAUACAUACGUGAGACUGACGGUAUCACCUUACUAGAAAAAAAAUAUAUUGUAGAGAAGAAAAGAGAAAAAAAUUUUGAAACCAAACCUGUUAGUUUGUUUCCGAGUUCUAAAGAGAGCUUCUACGUAGGAAUUAACUGUACGGUUUAACAGUUUCUCGAUAUAUAUUCACGCUUUUAUUGCAUAAAUACAUAAAACAAAAAGUGAGAAAGAAAAAGAAAUCCCAUGAAAAAACAAUAGCGAGAGAGAAACGAAAAAAGAUAUUUAAGAAAGCACACGUAGUGGUAAUCACCUAUUAAAAAGUAAAUAAAUAAAUAAUACACACACACCCCGUUUGGACGCACGUGAAAAUCGUCUCGUUGUAAUCGUCGUCUCGAGCGUCUUGUCACAAAAAUGUGUAAUCAAACAACUGUACAGUAGUUCGAAUUUGAAGAUGUAACGCCAUAAAGUAAAACAAAAAUCCCAUACCAUUAUUUCAUUGGAAUUGCGCAGCUUUCGAUUAGACAUACAUUCUAGCGUUUCGUUUUUUUUCUUCGUCGAAGUGUACAUUUUUUCUAUGUGUGCGCCUUUCCAGUUACGGUACUUCCUGCAUGUAUAGAGCGAAUCAAUCGUCUCGAUUGCUAUGUUGUUCGCUGAAAGGGAAAAAGUGUAUUUUAUAUUUCCACCUCUAAAAGCUAAAACCAACAAAAACAUAAAUAAAAAAUAAAUGAUAGAUGUCAAUCAACUUACGGUGUGCUUAAAAGGUAAUUUCGAAAUUUUUCAAGUAUAAACGUCGGUGUCUAGACAGAGAUACAAAUUAUAGAUGUAUUUUACUUGCCUUACCUUAUUCUCGGUGUUCGUUUCAACUUUUAAUCGUUGCUCAAUAUUUUUCGGAAUAAUCGCAAAGCAAAUAAAUGUAGCUUUGAAUCAUUUUUUUCUAUUCUUUCUUGGUGCAUUUAUUGUGAGGAAUUGCUUUAGACUCUCAAGGAAAAAGCUUCUGUAUCGUGAAAAACGUGCGACAAAAGUUAAGGUCCUUCACGCAGUUCGGAUUACAAAUUUACGACUAAGAUUAUUUAAUUCUGGCUGAAAAUUGAUUGUAAGACAAUACCGAUGCAAAUAAUUUUUGCUCGCGGAGUAAUCAAACGAAUCUCAUUGUUCACGCUGGAAACGUGUAAAAAGUCGUGAGUUUCGCUCGAAUGGCAGAAAAGCUUCAUCAUACUCAAAUAAGCACUCUUAACGAAAAAAAAAAAAAAAAAACAAUACAUACAAAAAGAACAAACGAACAUAAAACUCUUUCGUAGAUGUUUAAACGGACAUUGGUCUCAUUUCGCGUUUCUUCUGAAAUCUCUCACGAGACACGCAUACACACACGUGAAUGUCAUGCGCCAAUAAUGGGGGUAAACAAAAUAGUCUACCGUAACAGUAACACAAAUGUGCGUUCAGUGCCUUUUUAAUUAAACGAUGAAUAACUUUUGGAUCAAAAGCGCUUGCAUUGCGAUGAAUAAAAUAACAAACAAACGCAAUCUUCCACAAUAUUUCCUCCUCAUCCUCAGCUUCUCUCGUGUGCAAACGAAUAUAAGUAGCCUGUGUAGUAUUUCAUUUUUUCGUUUUUUUUUCAAGCGAAGCACGAGCGUCUAAAUAAUGAAGCGUCAAAGCAGGGAAGACAAGCGUAGAUACGAUUCGUUUUCGUUAAGAGUGUCGUCACGUAGCAAAUCUUCAUUCUUCUUUCUUUUGAAAGCCCCGUCACGAAACAAGUUAAUUCCUGCUAAAUGACAAAAAAAAAUUAAUAAGAGGUCAUACGAUAAACAAUAAGUAUACAUAUACGAUGAUGAUAAACAUAGCUGCAGCCAGUUUAGAAGUGUGUGGACGAGUAAACACGUAUUUUUAUAAAUUUGUUUCGAUAUCAACGCUAAUGUACCACCGCUAAAGUAUGUACGGCAGAAUACAAAAAUAUAUAUAAUACUUUUAACGGAGGAGUAUAUAAAUGAGUGUGUCGCGCGAAUUAUUAACACAAUACCUGUAAGUAAACAUUAAAAUAAAUACAAAAAACGCAAGUAACAAACACGUGGGGUGGAAUUAACAAAAUAAAAACAAAUAACACAUUAACAAACAAAAAAAUGAAGUAACUGUAAACUACAUUAACACAUAAGCAAAGUAUAUGAUAUUCGAGAGGGAGAGAGUAAGAGAGGAUUACCGAAGGACGUGAGCAAACGAGAGUGCGCAUGUAAUCCUAUAUUAUAUGAUUUUAUUGAAGAGUUGAAUUUUAUGGGGAUAUAUAUAUAAAGUACAUAUGUAUAUCUGCUCUCAAUUGCGAAAUGCGUUAUAUAUUAAUACUAUUAUUACUGAAGAAAAGAAAAUAGAAAUUUAUUAUUACGAUUUAUUAUUUGUAUCGAUUAACGAUUUUCAUUGUCGAAUUAUUAGCAUCAAUUAUCAUUAUUAUUGCAAAGAAAUGACAACAACAAAAUCACAGUUCGAUCACGAUUAUUAACAUUUAAUACCUUUGUGACUGUGGAGAAUUUUGGUGUAUCUGUAUUAUUGUAAAUGUAUAUAAGAAAAAAAACAAAGUUUAUCCGAUUGAGCCCCGAGUAGGGUUAUUAGAAACUACUUUGUACAUAAUAUACAUAACAUGAAUAAAUAUAGA